GUAGCUAUCCUUCAUUCUUUUCACCCAACUGUCGUCAUAGUUCCUGUACAGUAUUUUGUAGUGGUGAACGUAUGUACACAAAACAAAGGCUGUAAAGGUGAUUAAACAAGUUCAUGAAGCCCAAACUUCAUUGAGUCAGUGACCAGUGACCACAACAAAGCGUGCUUGCUUCUUGUUGCACGGUCUGCUCUGCUUCCUAUGCAAACAAAUAAAAAGUGUCCCUGACAAGGCAAGGAAGGCAAGUCUGCUCAAAGAGACUGCACAAGGCCUUUUCAAUCUCUUGGGUUUGCAACAAACGCCACCUUCACCUUCACCUUCGCCAUCCUCAAUGUCAAAAGAAAACUAGAGUAUGCUAUUGUUUUGUCUGAAGGCUUCAAAUGAAAAUCAUGGGGGGUUCUCUAUCUAUCUCGCAUUUUGAUAAUGGCGAACUGGGUUUGGUCAUUGAGAUUCGAACUUGAUUUUACUUGAGAAAAAUGGAUGAGGAGGAUAGUACAGCAGAGAAAAUGGCGUCGUCUUUGAUCAUUCCAGAGAAGCCGAUGCACAGGCCUGGUGGUUGUGUUGGUAUUUUCUUUCAGCUCUUCGAUUGGAAACGCAGGUUCGCCAAGAAAAAGCUCUUCUCCCAGAAACUGCUUCCUCCAUCUCGUGCGAAACAACUACUCAACAAGUUUGGAGAUGACAAGAUGCCCAUUUCUAAGCUUCAUUUGAUAGCUGAUGAGAAUGGUGGGAACCUGAAGAAAAAUUUAAAUUAUUCUUGUGCUUCUGGUCAAAAGCAUGAGCUUCGAGCUCCAGGUUUGGUUGCUAGGCUAAUGGGUCUUGAAUACAUGCCUGCGGCCCAUGAGAAGCCUCACAAUACUCAAGUUACUCAUGCUUGUGAUGGUCGACAGAAGGAAAAAAUCAAGAACCAAAAUGCUUCUGAUAGACAAGAGCUUUUGGAAAAAGGAGAAGCAAAGCCUGAAUCAAGGCCUCAAAAGCUUCAGAAAAUGGGACUCUAUGAUAAAACAGCAGUGACUAGGUUUGGAGCUGAGUCACUUCAAGUCAAGAGUGUUUUGCCAAGAUCGAGAAAGCAUCAUCAGCACCAGAAGCUUGCUUCUCCAGUCAAGAGUUCAAAGAUCUCCUCUGGUAAGACUGCCUCUCGAACCUCUCGGUUGAUUGGUGCUGCUACUAAAAUCUUGGAUCCCGGGCUGCAGUCUACGAAUAGAGCCAAAUGUGCUCUCAUCAGCUCUUUUCAUCAUCCUCAAGCGGAAGCAACCCUGGCUCAAUCACCAGACGUAUCUAAGAAGACACACUAUGAUGCUGGUAAGGGCAACUCUCCGAUGGGGCAGACCUGUUGCAAAGAGUGUGGUAAUUUGCUACAUGUUCCAGACUUAACAUCUAGAGUGGAGGAACAACAACAUGUUUUCCCAUCCUAUGCUUCAAAUAUUACUAAUUCCUGUUCUCUGUUAGCAGAACAAAGUAGGCCAUCCAUAUCCUCCUUUGCGGAAGCAAAGGAUUCAAUCUUUCAGAGAACAAGAGACCAACCUUUAUCAGUUUCUGGUCAAAAGAACAUUAGAACCCAUGGCAAACCUUUUAAGGAAAGAAAGGCUCCGUCUCCUGAAGGUCAAGCUUCAUGCCAAUUGUCAAGUCAACCAUAUAAGCCUCACAGAUAUCAGAUGCAGCACCCAAUGUCACUAGGGAAGGAAAGAAUUCCACCCAGAUAUAAACUAAAUAAUCUGGAUAGCAGAAGAGCCUCACCGGCUGCAAAUGCUGUUGGAGGGACCAAAGACUUCAUUGACUUGAACCGAAGUCUAAGCAAUCGUACCUGCCCGAUGGUGCCUACCAAAGGGAAAGAGUCAAAGUUUGAGAGAGAAAGGAAAGCAUUUAUUGGGAAGGAUGAUUCCCCAUUCCAGUUAAGAACCUCAAUAAGAAAGAGGAGGAUGAUCCAUGUCAGUGGACAAGUUACAAAUACAGGUAUUGUUACUUCAACUACCACAAUACAAAGGAACACUCAGUUUGGUGCACCAGCAGGGAAUGGAUUAGGAAAUGGUACCGACUUAAUGAGCCAGACUUGUGCUAAUAGUGAAUUAGCUGAUAAACAAGAUGGUAACAGAGCUUAUGGAAAUACAGACACUGAUGUCAUGUCAUUCACAUUUAAUUCCCCUAUAACGAGCAAGACUGGAAUAUCGGCAGAAAUGGAGGGUACGGGCAGGGACAAUGAUGGAAAGAUCUAUUUCCAAAAACCAUUGUCAUUGAGUGGAGAUGCUAUUGGUGUCUUUCUAGAACAAAAGUUGAGGGAGCUAGCUUGUCUUGAAGAUGAUGACUUGGCAAUAGGUGCUUCAUCCAAGAGAUCCACUGCUAUGAUUCAUGAUGGCCACAUUUCGAGUUAUUCUCAGAAAAUCUUUACAGCCAAAGGGAAGCCAAAGAAGUCGGCUGGAACAUCUCUUGAUGGUGAUCAUCUGAGCCCUGGGUCUGUUCUUGAAGCUUCAUUCUCUUCUAGUAGUAUGGAUGAUAGCUCAGGGCGCAGAUCCUUCUACCCUAUCUCUCUCGACUACCCUGAUGAUCAUUUGCAAGCACAAGGAUAUGAUGCUGAUCUUACAGGCUCUGCCACUUCCGGGGGCAGAAAGAAGACCAGUAGAGAGAUGAUGAUUACUCUUGUCAACAAUGUAUGUAGGAUAUUGCAUAGCAUCAAUGCGGAUGGGGAGAGAGUGAGAAGAAGGAAGCUGACUCAUGCAUGUGAAAUGAUCUUAAAUGCUGAACUAUUGUUUGGAGAUGCAACCAUGCAUAACAUGGAUGGAAUGGAAGGGUCUUUCAUGAGUCCCUUUCUUCGUGAUCUGGAAACUAUUGCUAGUAGCAGGAUGACUAGUUUCAAUAUGUUUGGUGGUUUGGAGGAUAUCGAAAAGGGAAGUCAACUGGAUGGGUUAUUUUUUGACUGUGUUAUAGAGUAUAUAGACUCGAAGUAUGCCUGGUACUGUAACGCAGGGUUCAGAUAUUGGAAAAAGCUGCCUUUAAGUAUGAACCAGAAAUUGAUAUUUCAAGAGGUUGAAGAGGAAAUUAAGAAAUGGACACGCUUGUCUGGAAUGAUUUCUGAUGAGAUUGUGGCUUGGGAGAUGAGUCAUUCCUUCAGGAAAUGGACAGAGUUUGACAUCGAGGCUUUUGAGGCUGGAUCUGAAAUUGACGGAGACAUUCUUCAAACUUUGGUCAAUGAGGUUGCGAUAGACCUGUGGGAGUGCAGCAUUGGCUCCUUUUGAUGUAGUAUAUUGUUCGUAAAACUAUGCAAAAUGAUUUUGCCUUGCCUUAAAUUAUGGAAAUGCAAUACAAUGUGAGGUUAUUUUAGAGUG